AACAAAUUAAAUAAAAAUGGUCAACAGCAGGUCUCACGUGCGCGCUCGUCAAUGGUUGCUACGGACGCCUGGCUCAUGCGCAGAACGAGGGAGAACUACUUCCGGGUCAAAAAAGCAAGCUGACCACGUGAAUUACCAGAAAAUACAAAACAAGUCAGAGGUCUGUUGCUGUGAAGAGGGUGAAAAUGAAGAUGGAGGAAGAGAAGAGUGAGGAGAAUUUUGUGAAGAAGAAGAAGAAACCUAAGAAAGGACAGGCCACUCUGUUUAACAAUGAAAACUGUACUAUUGAUGAUGAGAGCCUAGCAGAGGUGAAAAAAGAAAAGAAGAAGAAGAAGAAGAAAAACGAUGCAGUGGUUAUAGAAGAACAGGAGAUUUGUGAUGGGGAUGGUGAAAAGGAAGAGAAGAAGAAAAAUAAGAAGAGAAAACUCGUCACUGAAUCUCUGAAUGAGGCCAAUGGUUCUGAUGUUAGGAGUGAAAACGACGAAGAAGUCAGCAAGAAGAAAAAGAAAAAGAAGCAGCUGCCUGAUGGUGAGAAUCAGGUGGAAACUGCACAAGUAAAAGAAAAAGAAGAAGAAGAAGAAGUGGAAAAGAAACAGAAGAAGGAGAAAAAAAUAAAAAAUAAGUCUCCACCAAUGAAACCAGAAAAUGUAAAGAUGGAGGAGGAGGAGGAAAUACAGCAAGCUGGAAAUGAUGACGUGCCAAAGAAAGCCAAGAAGGGAAAAAACAAUUUAGUAGUAAGCACAGAGGAAACUGAGGAACAAGUUAAAGAAAAGAAGAAGAAAAAGAAAAAGAAAAGCACUGGUGAUGAAACCUCUGAAGCCAUGGAUGAAAUCAUUGUAUCAAAAAAGAAAAAUAAAGCUAAAACUAAAGUGGCUGAGAGUGAGGAGAAGUUAGAAACGCCAGAGGCAGAAACUGGUGAGUUUGAAGAGGUAAAAGUAAAAAAGAAUAAAAAGAAAAAAGAAGAUGGAAAUGGGGAAGGAAUGGCUGAGAUCAAAAGCAAAAACAAAAUGAGCAAAGCAGAGAAAGAAAAUCUCCUCCACAGGAAGAAAGACACAUCAACAAAGGAUGAGAUUAUCACAGAGGAAGAGGAGACAGAGCCGAAGAAGAAGAAGAAAAAGAAAAAGGGCAACUUAAAGGGAGAUGAGAAAGAAUGUGAAGAAGUUGAGGAGCAGAGUACGGAAACUCUGGCCACAGCAGCUGAGGAAACAACGAGCAAGAAAAGGAAGAAGAGCUCCAUUAACGGUAAUGGACAGGUGGAGAAUGUGAGCUUUGAAACUGGUGCAAAAAAGAAGAAGAAGAAGAUUAAAGAAGAGGUGGAAGACCAGCAGGAUUUAGCCCAAGAGGACGUGGUGUUCCUGUCAGAGAAAUCUGGAAACACUGAUGAGGUCACCAUUAACCAGGAAAGAAGACAGGCUUUACAAAUUGAGAUCGACAAGGCCUCUCAACCUCAAAAGCCAGCUAAACCUUCGGGUUUCGGCCAGUGGAGCACUGCACAGUUCAACAGCUCUGAUCAGCAGCAGAAGUUCCUCCGGCUCAUGGGCGGCUUCAAAAAGGGUUUCCAGCCGGCUGCUGGAAACACUGGAGGAGGAAACAUGGCACUGGGAAAGGACGCACAGCAACAGUUGCAGCAAGGGCUUCUGGGAGAAUUUGAACGCGCUCAAUCGCGCAGAAUGGACUUCAGUGGCAGGGGCGCAGGACUUGGUUUUACUGCACCAUCUAAUAAGAAAUUCUCCAUUGACAUCAAUUCAUGUCGAUCAGUUCGCUUUGAUGAUUGAAGUGUGUGUGCGUGUGUGUGGUCGUACAAAGGUUGUGGGGGAUUUUCUGUAUGUGUGGUUUUAAAUGUAAAUUCGUACACUGAACUGCUCAGGUUCACUCAACAACAGACCACUUUUAAACUUGUGUACAGAUGAAUAUCAGAGAAUGAACACACAAGACAAAAUGCCAUUUGUACAUACUGUAUAUUAAACAUCCUGUUUGA